AGUUUAACGCCAUAACUAAUAUGAUUUUGUAAAAAUCUAUAUGAUUCUGAUCUCACAACGUCAACUAUGAGGUACAUUAUUUCUGUUGAUAUUGGCACGACUACGAUUCGAGCAUGUUUGUAUGACGAAAGAUGUCGGCUGGUUGAGACAGCUUCGGACAAGAUCCACAUCGAACUUUCUGGUCUGAAAGAAGAAGUUCGGGUGGAAAUUGAUCCAGAUAUGUUGUUCCGGCAGUUUAUCGCAGUUGUCGCCAGCGUACUGCAACAUUGUAAAAGUACUGACAAAGUAUCGCUAGCGCUCUGCACUCAAAGAAAUUCGUUUUUAUGUUGGAACAAAAUUACGAACGAAACCCUAACGAAAAUCAUUUGUUGGAGUGAUGGUAGAGCUAGAGCUACGUGUACACAAUGGAAUAAAUCUUUUACUAUAAAGGCUUUGAACACUGUAGGUGCAGUACUAUACUUCUUCACUCGGCAACCGCGAUUUAUGGCUGCUAGAAUGCUCAAAUUCCUUAGUGCUAUGGUAUCACAUCGGGUUAUGGUCACUAUUGAACAGUCCGAAGUAAUGCAAGAAUUACUGAUUCAAGACCAACUGGGUUUUGGCUGCUUGGAUACCUGGUUGCUAAACAAACUCACAGAUGGAAAUGUUCACGUUGCUGAAGCGUCGAACUAUUCGUCCAGUGGCAUGUUUGAUCCUUUUUUGAACGACUACAAUCGUGUAAUAUUGCGAAUUAUUCGAUUUCCUAUGGCAAUUCUACCUCCUCUAGUUGAUUCAGCUGACUCGACACCAUUAGGAUAUGUAACUCAGAGCUUUUUUGGAAGAACUAUUCCUAUCCAUGCAGUAAUAGCCGACCAACAGUCUGCUCUUUUUGGAAGCGGCGGAUGGCGGCGGGGUGAUAUAAAGAUCUCAUUAGGUACUGGGACAUUUGUAGAUUUAAAUACUGGAAAAACCAUACACGCAUCAAUGAACGGUCUUUAUCCGCUGGUGGGAUGGCGUAUGAAUAACAAGCCUACUUUUGUUGCUGAAGGUAAUGACCAUGACACGGCGGUGGUUCUUAAGUGGGCGCAAAGCAUCGGUCUUUUCUCAAAUGUGAGUGAGACGGCAGAUAUCGCGCGAUCUGUACCAACUUCAAAUGGUGUUUUAUUCGUUCCAGCUUUUGGAGGUCUUCAAACUCCUAUUAAUGACGACACUGCUUGCUGUGGAUUUCUUGGUUUUCGUCCUGACACCACUAAAGCACAUAUGGUCAGAGCAAUUCUCGAGUCUAUAGCAUUCCGUGUCUUUCAAAUAUUUGAAACAAUGCGGCAUGAAGUACGCAUUUUGGACAAACCAAGGAUUAGAAUCUGUGGUGGUGUUGCCGCAAACGAUUUCAUAUGUGAAACUAUCGCAACAUUGACUGGAUUUGAAAUUUUUCGUAUGAAAGAUGGAAGUUUUGUCGCAUCACGUGGAGCUGCUUUACUUGCCGGACUUGCACAGGGAUUAUGGGAUCAAGGUGAACUUGAGCGUAUGAUCGACGUUGAUCAUUGCUUCCUUCCUUCACGCGAAAACUCGUCCGAGAUUUUUUGGGGAUUUGGAUUUUGCCGGCGACAAAUCCAGGGAAUCGGAUGA